CAUGUUUAUAAUUUCUAGGCCGGAUUAAUCUUGAUUCUUAUCAGCCCCUCUGGCCUCGACUUCCAGUAUGUGGUGGAUAGUGUUUGUUGGACUGUUUUUAUUGGCGGACCAUGGAUCAGGGGCUCGGCUUGGAAUACAUGGUACCCAUUUCACAUACAAUGGACACAGGGUGUUCCUUGCUGGGAUUAACAAAGCCUGGGAGCAUUAUGCCUAUGACUUCGGCAACGGACAAUAUAAUGGCGUCAAGGCCAGAUACGAGCACGUGUUCCAACAACUACAGGCCGCUGGAGCAAACUCCAUCCGAGUGUGGAUUCAUAUAGAAGGAGAAUCCUCGCCUAAAUUUGACAGCAAUGGUCACGUGACAGGGACUGACAAUGGCGGUACUUUGAUCAAUGAUAUGAGGGUUAUGCUUAGAGCCGCUCAGCAACACAAUAUAUUUGUGUUUCCGACGUUAUGGAAUGGGGCUGUAAACCAAAAUUAUCACUAUCGUCUAAACGGUUUGAUCAAGGACACCGGUAAACUGAAUUCUUACAUUGAUCACGCCCUGAAGCCCAUGGUACUCGCUCUGAAGGACAUGCCGUCUCUUGGGGGCUGGGAUCUGAUGAAUGAGCCGGAGGGAGAACUCAUCCCCGAUCUGACCAGCACUGACCCCUGCUUCGACACUCGCCAUCUCCACAACUCAGGGGCGGGAUGGGGAGGCAAGCUUUACACACCGCAGGAACUGUUGAGGUUCUUCAACUGGCAAGCAGCGGCUAUUAAGGAGGUUGAUCCACAUGCUUUAGUUACAGUAGGAGCUUGGAACGGAAAGGUCAACACAGACAAUUUUGGUUUCCAUAACAUGUACAAAGACAGUUGCCUUGUAAAGGCAGGAGGAAAGGCACUUGGCACUUUCUCUUUUUAUCAGAUUCACUCUUAUGCCUUUAGUGGACAUUUCGGAACCGAAUCUCCCUUUAUGCACAACUAUGGCGCCUUUGGUCUCCACAAGCCGUUGGUUAUCGGAGAGUUCCGGGAGAAAAAUGGCGCCGGAAUGACCAUCAAUCAGCUGUAUGACCACGCCUACAAUGGCGGAUAUGCCGGCGGGUGGGGCUGGUCAGAGACAGACGGAAACAUGGAUAACAUGCUGCAGGGUCUGAACCACAUCAGGAACUACAGCGGGGCCCAUGGCACCAUCCACGUGCAGAUACAUUAAAACGGGUCUUCAACUAGGUCACUGAUAUUUUUUUUAUAUAGAAUUAUAUCAAAAGUUUUUUAUCGGUUUGGGCAUUUCUAAUCAAGAACUCUUUAGUUGAUUCAUGUAAGGUUCAUUUAAUGCCGGGUUAUAAUAUAAAACAAAAUAUUUAAAUGUUUACUUUUUAAGUUUAUGCUGACAUCAAUUAAUGUUUCAAGCUUUACAAAGUAAAUUCAUAACCCGCGUUAGCGAGUUACUUUUAGCAAUUAACGACACCUUCAUAGCCAGUACUCAGUAUGACCGAAGCAUUUCGUUCUAUAAAGUCUCUCAACAAUUAUAUUUUUCAAUGGAUCUCUUCAAAUAUGCAUACAAAGUGAGUAAAAUUGUUAUUAUUGAAGAUCAGUACAACAGUCAAUUCUUUUAAAUAUGGAUUAUAUUUUAAAACUUAUUUGGAUGUCUGAUAUCAUAACAUGUAGGCCAUACUAUUUAAAAUUUCUUGUCAAAUAAACCUUGUGUGGGAUUU